AUGGUUUCAGUCACCUCUAUAGACACUGAUUUUUCUAGCCCAGAGCCCAUCACAUCCCACAUUAUCAAAUUCAAAAGGCCAACCGCCCUGUUAGACCUCCUGCACUGGUUCCUAACUCACACUCAGGCGGGACCGCGCACACGCGCGCACGGACGACACGCAGCCCGCAGCCCGCCGCCACACGCCGCGCGCCCGCAGCCCCGGCCGGCCCAAGCCGCGGGGACGAGAGACAGCGACCGCGCUGGCCGGGACCGCGGCGCGCGGCAGGCACUUUGCAGGGUCCGCGCCAGGCACAAGUUACUUCCCCGGCUCCCGGGGGCCUCCGCCCUGAGGGAGGCUAACACGGACGGGAAUGAGGAGACGAGGAGGCGCCGAGGGGCAAGAGAGUGGGGAAACGCGCGGAGAGAAGCAACAGCUGCUCCACCCAGAGCAGAAAACUGGCCGGCCGCGUCCCGGCCGCCCGCCCAGCGCCGGGGAUGCGGCGGCGGCGGGGGCGGCGGAGAACCGUCCCGGGGGCCGGCAGCGGCGGCAGGAGCGGCCGGCGGGAGAGAAACCAGUGCCUGCAGGAAUGAACUCUUCCACGCCGAUCCAAAUAGUUAUUCCAAAGGCCUGCCCUUCCCCCAAGAAGAACCUUGGCACCACUGCACCAGACCUGGGGGAGAGGACAGCAGCCUGCUUCUCUGUUCCUCGGAACCCUCGGGGCAAGUGUGCGGAAUCGGGUGGGAAUGGCAGCUCCAGAUCUUCUCAGCUCGCUCCUCCCAGUGCAGACUAUGCCUUACCAACAAGCUGGAGUUUCCAGCCUACAGAUAAGGACAGGUGGGAGAAGGAAGACCCAUUCUUCAUGGCUAUUCUCACAUACACACACAGAAUAGAAGUUCUGCAACACAGAACUAGGGAAGGAUGAGAGGUGCCGGUGGCCUGCCCCUCCAGAGACUAUGUUGGAAC